AUGGCUUCCAUCGUCGAGGUCGCCCACGCAACCGACGGCGCCCCGGGCAAGCUCGCCGCGCCCGCUCCCGUCGCCCGCGCCAUGCCCGAGUGGUCAGACAAGGAGAAGGCCAAGAUCAGGCGCGUCUUCGACGAGUGCGAUGCGGACCACUCCGGCACCGUGUCCUUCGCCGAGAUCACCAGGGGCCUCGCCAAGGACAAGGAGCUCGCGCGCAUCCUCGGCAUUCCCAAGGAGGCCGCCACCGCCUCCGGCGUGGAGGACCUCAAGGCCAUCUUCGUCGGUCUCGACGUCGACGCCUCGGGCGAACUCGACUUCGACGAGUUCGGCCUCUUCUUCGCCGAAAGAGUCGAGAUCCUCCGCUACCUCCCCGGCGCCGACGACGACGACAAGUUCUGCGUGAUGACCGAGUCCGCCGCGCACCUCUCCCCGAACCUCGCCGCGUCGUUCGAGUCCAAGCUCGCCGCCGUCGAGCCCAAGGUGGACGGCCUCGCCGCCGCGAUGCUCGCGCAACUCCCCGCCGCGGUCAAGCACUUCCUGGAGCCCUCCGCCAUCCUUAAAGACGCGCGCGCGCGGGGCAAGUCCCUCGCCGCCGCCGGCCUCACCCAGGUUUCGCUCGACGCCUACGCCGCCGCGAUGCUCUCCGCCCUCGCCGACGCCCUCGGCGACGACGCCUUCACCUCCGCGCACUCCGAGGCGUAUGGCAAGUGCGUCCGCAACCUCUGCGACAUGUACAGGCUCGGCGCGGAGGACGCGCAAAAGGCGGAGAGGGAGAUCAAGGCUGCCGCGAUCGAGGCCGCCAAGGCCAAGCUCGCCGCCGAGAAGCUCGCCGCCACGGAGGCUGCCGCGAAGGCUGACGCCGACGCCGUCGCCAUCGAGGAGGCCAAGACCGCGGCCAUCGAGGCCGCCAAGGCAAAGCUCGUCGCCGAGAAGGAGGCUGCGCAGACCGCGCUCGCCGCGGCCAAGGCUGCGGCGGAGGAAGCCGCCAAGAUGGCCCAGGCCGCCAUCGACGCCGCCGACGCCGCGGAGAAGGCUGCCAUCGCCGAGCUCACCGAAAAGGCCGAGGCGGACAAGGCCUUGGCCGUCGAGGCCAAGAAGGCCAAGGAGGCUGAGGCCAAAGCCGCGGAGGUUGCCAAAAAGGAAGCCGAGAAGGCCGCCGCGGAUGCCGCCAAGGCGUGCGAGCUGGCCAACAAGAAGCGCAAGGAGGAGGACGCGCGGCGCGCGAAGGAGCGCGAGGCUGCCGCGAAGAAGGCGGCCAAGGACAAGUCCAAGAAGACCACCGCGGAGCUCCAGGAGGAGGAGGCGGCUAAGCUCGAGCGCCUCGCGAAGGCUCUCGAGGAACAAGCUCGCCGCGAGUACGAAGCCGCUCGCGCGCCACUCACGCUCCAACCGCUCGAAUCCUACGCCGUCGACGGCGCCGUUCCCGACAAGGGUUCGACAUGGCAGUACCCGACCGAGUCCGACGGGUGGUUCCGCAUCCACAACACCAUCCGCGCGGAGAUGACCAAGCUCGCCGCCGCGCUCGACGCGUGCGCCGCGACGGGUGAACCUUUGCCCGCGUGGAAAGUCGACGCGAUCAAGUCGUACUGGUCCCUCCACAGCGCGCUGGUGCGUGCGCACCACGCGCACGAGGACGACAUCUUCUACCCGCUCCUCGCCACGCGUUGCGCGCUCCCGCCCAAGCUGGAGAUUGUCCACGGCGACGUCCUCGAGCUCUCGGCGGCGGUUGACCUCGCGGUGAACGCGCUCGAGCCCGGCGCGGACCUCGUGCCGCUCGUGUCCGCCUUUGACGCGUACAAGGCGACGAUGGAGCCCCACUUCGCCGAGGAGGAGGCUGUCUGCGUUCCCCUCAUGCGCGCGUACUUCAGCUUCAAGGAGAUCGCCGAGGUGAUGGCGCCGAUGAUGAAGAAGAUGGACCCGCUGGUGAUGGGCGCGUUUGUGCACCACCAGGGCUCCAAGGACCAAUUCAUGAAGUUCAUGAAGCAGGAGAAGAUCCCGGCCAUCGCGUGGUACGCCGACUUCAAGUCCAUGCGCACCAAGUACAGGGCGGCGCAGGAAGCCGUCGCGCAGGCGCUGCUCACCGGCGUCGAGCCCGCGCAGGGCAAGCCCGCCAAGACGGGAAAGAAGGACCUCGCCGACGCGAUGCGCUGCGGCCUCGGCGAGUGGGCGGUUCCCAUCCCCGGGUACGCCCCGAUCUCCUUCGACGAGCCAAUUGAGAAGACCGAGAAGGAGGAGCCCGAGCCCGAGCCCGAGCCCGAGCCCGUUCCCACCGUCGAGGAGGAGACCGCGCAGGAGCCCGUCGAGGCGGAGGGCGCGGAGGAGGCGGCGGAGGAGGAGGCAAUCGCGGAAGAAGCCGAGCCCGAGGCGGCGGAGGAGGAGGAGACGCCCGAGGCUCCCGCCGCCGCCGAGGAGGAAGUUUCCGCCCAGGAGGAGAAGAAGGAGGAGGAGGUCAGCUUCGCCUAA